GCGCGGGGCGGGGGUCGCGCAGAGCGCAGCGGCCGCCGCCAUGUUCGGGGGGCUCAGGAGGUGCUUCGAGGACGAUCCUUUCUUCAGGGAUCCCUUUGCUGCCCACCAUGAGCACAUGAGGCAGAUGAUGAGGAGCUUCUCGGAGCCGUUUGGGCGGGAUCCAUUCCUGAGCCUCCCGGAUGGAGAGAAGAGACCAGCAGAGAGGAGAGCGGAGCAGAGGAGAGCGGAGCGCAGAGCCCAGCAGGAUUCCCAGGUGGCCGUCAGGGGCACUCGCAGGGCCACCAGCUUCUCCCUCAUGCCCUUUGUAGGUUUUGGAAGAGGGCAGGAUGCAGAUUUUGGGGAUCCAUUUUCUGCAAUGGACAGGAUGAUGUCAAACAUGAGGAACAACAUGUUGGAAAUGCACAGGCAAUUUGAUGACCUGUCCAUCCAACCCAACGGACACAGUUUCAGCUCCUCCUCCAUGAUGACAUAUUCCAAAGUGGGGGAUGGACCUCCCAAAGUUUUCCAAGCCUCGGCCCAGACCCGCACGGCUCCGGGAGGGGUUAAAGAGACAAGAAAAGCAAUGAAGGAUUCUGAAACUGGCCUGGAGAAAAUAGCCAUUGGUCACCACAUUCACGAUCGGGCUCAUGUCAUCAAAAAAUCCAAGAACUCCAAGACUGGGGAUGAGGAGAUGAACCAAGAAUUUAUCAACCUGGAUGAAUCUGAGGCUGACACCUUUGAUGAGGAGUGGCAGAACGAGAUCAUGAAGUUCAGACCUUGCAGAAGCAGAGGAGCUGUGGAAGCUCCGAGAUGCAGAAAUGGCCAUUACAGUCCCAGACAAGGUGGAUCAAGAAGAGAGAAGCUACUUGGAGCUCCAGGAUCCAGAAUGCCCAGGGAUUCCUUGGAGGCUCUCAAUGUGAAAGGAACUCAAGUCCCCCUGAAGGGCUCCAGGAAAUAACUGUCCCCAUUCCCUUGGGAUGGAGAUUCCCUGCAGCAGAUGAUGGUGCUCAGUGCUCCUGUCCAUAAAAAUACACCUGGAUUUGUGACCAAUCUCUGUUCUGUGUUGUGCCUUUGCUCCUCCUGCUUCUGAAUGUCCUUCAAACCUCAGCUCCUCAGUGAAUUCAAACCCAGCAACUUUCUGCCUAAAAGCACUUUAUGGAACUUCUCUAAUCCUGGUAAAACCAGCUUGGAUUUGCAGUUGUUCUGCUCCAGCUGCACCAAUCUCAGGUUUUACUAAACCUGGUACUGCAGCUCCUCCUUCCCACUCUUAAGUUGCACAGAAAGUAAAUUUCCUUUAUUUUGGGUUGCUGAAAUGAUUACUGAUUUUCUAGGUUAACAGAACUUGAAUACACUAUAAAGCACUAUUAUCUAUACCUUUAAAAUCCUGUCAUAAAUGGUUACAGAACCCCCACACUCACCUUGGUGUAACGUAAGGUAAGAGAAAAUACUGAAAAAUGACAAUAUUUUAAAUUUAUCAGAGGUUUUAUGUUAAUAAGCUGUGCUUGCACAUCAUUUCCUGAUGCCUGAACUGUCAGCUUUGUAUUCCUGAUCCUUUGUUUGUUUUUUGUGGACUUGGCCCAUCAUUUUUCAUUUUGAGGAUUGUCCGUAGUAUUGAAUGACUUUAAUUAUCCUGUAGUAGUAAUGGUGUCCUGAGAUCAGCUGCAACCAGGAGUUAUUCAUGGGAAAAAUAUGUGGGAGAAAUGAGUUUAACUGGAAUGAUUUCACCAUUUCUUGUGUUUUAAAGAGCCCUGGAUAUAGGAACCCCUCUCCUUUCUGUGUUCUUUGUGUUUUACUGAGGGCAGAAUUACCCUAAAUCUACAUUUGAUAGGAGUUUAGAAGAGCCAGCAGUGUCUGAGAGCAGGGAAAUCCUGGGAUUCCAGGUAUCCAGUCCCUGUACUGUUCUACCACACAGAAUUAUCCCUGUGGUGUAGCAGAAUUUCUGUAAAUUAAAUAAUAUAAAUUAAUAACAUUAAAGCCUUACAUAAAUUCAAGGCUGCAUUAUAAUGUAGCCUUUAAAAGUACUGUUUGUAUGAUAAAAUAGGGUUUAGUUUAAGAGUAAUAUUUGUUUGGCCAAAAAGCCUCUAAAUCAUAUUUAAUCUUGCAGUUUCCCUAGAUUAUUUAAUUUUAAUUUUAAAUUUAAUUAAUGUUUAUUAAUGUGCAAACUCAAUCAGCAGCACUUCUGCUGAGCUCUGAAAAGGGAAGGACAAUUAUUUGCUUGUGGUCUCUUCCUGAAUUAGAGAAGUAUCAGUGGCAAUAAGUUGAUGUGAUCAAUAUUAAUGGCAAUAAUUGAACCAUUUAAUGAGCAGUGGGGGUCGGGGGGGUUGGACACCCCUUAAAGUCAGAGCUCAUUUUGCAUCCACUGCAGACAACAUGGAUUCUGCAAUUAAUUUCUUAGACAAUCUUCUCAGUAAUUUACAGCAGCAAUGUUUUCUGUGUUAGGGUUUGAGCAGCAAUCUCGGAGAGCUGCUGCUGUUCAAUGGAAAAUUCACCUGAAAACUCAAAUUUUUGUGUGAAAUAAAACAGGCACACUCUGGAUUUUGAAAUGACAGUGAGAAGAGGUGAAUAUUCCCUCCAGAUCCCUUUGCUACACCAAGACUGUUCUCCAAUGUAAAGCACAAGUUGUGCUCUGUAAAAGCAUCUGAAACUGCAAUUCUUUAAUAAAGUUAUUUAUUAUUUA